UCUUCCAAAUUCUCCUUCUGUCUUUCACCCUCUCCCCUCUAUUUCUCUCUCUCUCAAUCACCUCCAACCGCGUCGGGUCGGGCCCUACAUUGCCGGAGCCGCCGCCGCCGACGUCCGGUACAAAUGGCGGGAUCCCUAGCAUCACGCCUCAUCCUACGCCGAUCACAACCACCUCCACCGCCGUCAAUCCAAUCAUUCUUCCGACGCGGCAUUUCUCAGCCGGCGGCGGAGAGAACUAAAGAAGCCACCCUCCCCGCUCCGCCGACCGAAUUUCCGCCGUUCGAUUACACUCCGCCGCCGUACUCCGGUCCCUCCGGCGAAGAAAUCAUCGCGAAACGGAAGGAGCAUCUCAGCCCCUCGCUCUUCCAUUUCUACAAAACUCCGUUGAACGUGGUGGAGGGGAGGAGGCAGUACCUGUUUGAUGAUACAGGGAGGAGGUACAUCGAUGCGUUCGGAGGGAUUGCGACGGUGUGCUGCGGCCACUGCCACCCUGAUGUGGUGGCGGCGAUCGUCGAACAAACGAAACGGUUGCAGCACUCGACGGUUCUUUACCUGAACUCUGCCAUCUCAGAUUUUGCUGAGGCCUUGGCUUCUAAGCUUCCUGGUAAUCUUAAGGUGGCGUUUUUUACAAAUUCUGGAACGGAAGCAAACGAAUUGGCUAUGAUGAUAGCAAGGCUGUACACUGGGUGCCAUGACAUUAUAUCUGUAAGGAAUUCUUACCAUGGAAAUGCAGCUGGGACGAUGGGAGCCACAGCUCAAAGUAUCUGGAAAUUUAAUGUCGUACAGAGUGGUGUUCAUCAUGCAGUAAAUCCUGACCCUUACAGAGGUCUUUUUGGUUCUGAUGGUGAGAAGUAUGCAAGAGAUGUUGAGGAGAUUAUCAAUUUCGGAACUUCAGGAAGAGUUGCUGCCUUCAUAUCUGAAGCUAUACAGGGAGUGGGGGGCAUAGUUGAACUGGCUCCUGGUUACUUAGCUUCAGCCUACGACAAAGUUAGAAAAGCUGGAGGUCUUUGUAUCGCGGACGAGGUUCAGUCUGGGUUUGCACGCACUGGCAGUAAUUUCUGGGGAUUUGAAGGCCAUGGUGUUGUACCUGACAUAGUAACAAUGGCAAAGGGAAUUGGAAAUGGAAUUCCUCUUGGGGCUGUUGUCACUACCCCUGAGAUUGCUAAGGUCUUGACUCAAAGAAGUUACUUUAAUACCUUUGGAGGGAAUCCUGUUUGUACUGCUGCAGGAUUGGCUGUAUUAAGAGUAAUAGAGAAAGAGAAGCUUCAACAAAAUGCAUUUGUAGUGGGGUCCCAUUUGAAAGAGAGGCUUAAUGCACUCAAGGACAAAUAUGAAUUGAUAGGUGAUGUGAGAGGACAAGGCAUGAUGCUUGGAGUUGAACUCGUCACUGAUCCCAAACUUAAAACACCAGCAAAAGAUGAAACACUGUAUGUGAUGGACAAAUUGAAAGAAUUGGGAGUGCUGGUUGGAAAGGGUGGUUAUUAUGGUAAUGUAUUCAGAAUCACACCUCCCCUGUGUUUCACUAAAGAAGAUGCAGAUUUCCUGGUGGAUGCAAUGGACUACACAUUAUCUAGAAUGUGAAAGUGAAAUAAGAUCCAACUGUAAAUAAAUGACUACUUUAUUUUAUAAUGAUAAGACAAGCUGUGUUAGAUCUUCAAUCUUGACUCUAGCAAGUAAAAUGGGCAACUCUCCAUAUCUGAUUUAGAGUUAUGUUGCUCUCUCCUUAUUAAUCAAAUUAUAAUUUCAAAA